CCAGUAGUCCAGUACUACUGCUACUAUUGCUACAGCUGCCUAGUUCCUUCUCCCUUCCACCACUAUAUAAACCCUCGCCAUCUCCAUGCAAACCAUCCAACUCACUCUUCUCCCUUUACCAUUUCAGUAUCUGACUGAAACUCCACUUCGAUCCCUCUUCUGCCUUACCAUUAAUUUCAGUAUCUGACUGAAACUCCAUGGCUAAGAUAUAUGCUCUAGCUUUGGUGAUGUUCUUCAAAAUCUUGGUGGCCGCAUCGGCUGGUAACUUCAACCAAGAUUUUGAUAUAACAUGGGGCGACGGGCGGGCCAAAAUACUCAAUAACGCGCAGCUACUCACGUUAGCUCUUGACAAGACUUCCGGGUCGGGAUUCAAGUCCAGGAAUCAGUACCUGUUUGGAAAAAUUGAUAUGCAGAUUAAGCUCGUGCCCGGUAACUCCGCUGGUACCGUUACCUCUUACUAUCUAUCUUCGUUGGGGUCGGCUCAUGAUGAAAUAGACUUUGAGUUUCUUGGCAACCUAAGCGGAGAUCCUUAUACUCUGCACACAAAUGUUUUCACACAAGGCAAGGGUAACAGAGAGCAGCAAUUCUAUCUUUGGUUCGAUCCUACAAAGGACUUCCACACCUACUCCAUCUUGUGGAACCCUCAAAGCAUCAUAUUCUCUGUGGACGGGACACCUAUUCGAGAGUUCAAGAACUUAGAAUCGAGGGGAAUCCCAUUCCCAAAGAACCAAGCAAUGUGGAUCUACUCGAGCCUUUGGAACGCAGACGAUUGGGCAACACGCGGUGGACUUGUGAAGACAGACUGGAGUAAAGCCCCAUUCACAGCCUCGUACAGAAACUUCAACGCCCAGGCAUGCAUUUGGUCUUCUGGUUCUUCCUCGUGUUCUUCUUCUCCUUCCGGUUCUUCAAAAGAGGCAUGGUUCACCCAGUCACUGGAUGCAACAGGGAAAGGAAGAAUGAAAUGGGUUCAGAAGAACUAUAUGAUCUACGACUAUUGCAAGGAUACCAAGCGUUUCCCGCAGGGAGUUCCUCUUGAAUGCACAGUUGCUACUUGAUUUAAUUUCUUGUUUUAAUUAAUCGGCUGUAAAAUUAAGAAACUGGCUUGGAUUUUUUAUUUUAUUGUGAAUUUGAUAUGUUGCAACGUACAUGAUUAAUAUGCUAAUAAGUAUCAAAUUUUGGUACACAUGCAGCAGAUGAAAUUACUUCUCUUCUUUG